CGGUGACCGGCGGCUACAGCAUCACGAAUGCUAUCGUCUCCAACGGCGGCAGCCACCAUGCUUGGAAGGACGCGAACGGAAACCCGCAUCGCAUCGACUACAUCCCCAUGGGCUCCGGGCAUAGCCCGACGGUCGCCGACGCCCGCGCGGCACUCGACACCGAGACGAUGGAAAAGGACAAGGAGAAGACGACAACCUCCACGACGCCCACAGAAGACCGCGCACCAGUACAAGCUUCGCUCCGUUGGAAGACGUCACACAGCACAACAAGAGGCAUCGUGCCCAAGAUCGACCGCGUAGCCAUGCAGGACGAAGCAGCGGUUCGAACAUCCCGACAACACCUGGAGGCAACAAUCGUACCACACUGGAACAUGGACUACGACGAGCACAUCUACGACUACACCAUGACGGUCGUAGAGGACAUCAGCGACGAGACACUGCGCGCGAUACUUGACCGACGACGGCUUGACAAGAUGACCAGGAAUAUCAACGCCAGCUCGAAGUUCCACCCAGCAGUGACAAAGCGAACCAACAAGGAAUUUGCGGCCACCAUCGAGAACCCGAGCGGGGGCAUCCCGAAGGGGCACAUCUCCAGCGCGCACACGAUUGCAACCCAGUUGCUUACGACGGCAGACGAGGUCAUCAACGCAGGCAUCGUUGACAAUUUCACGCAAACAGCAAAGAAGUGGCCCGAGGACACCAAGAAGCUCACCAACUUCAUCGGCAAUCGUGAUUACGACCAGUUCCUCGAAAAGCAGGCAGAAGCCGCGGCUUCUUCCAGAACAGCCAGGGACCGCGACAACGAAUGGACAUGCACCAAGAAGUUGCUCAUCUUCGGCGGCAGAAGAAGACGCAAGGCCAGGGUUUACCCGAUGAUGUACGCGAGCACAGGACAGCCGAUGGGGGACGUCGCCAGGGAGGGCGAGGAGGCCACAACGCACUUCGGACUCAACGAGGCGGCUCAACUCGGAGAUCGAGACGACGUCAUCAGCGCCUGCAACAACGCCAAGGACCUGGCCACAAACACCAUGCGCAGUCGCAUCGACAACUUUGCCGGGCCAUGGAUGAACUACUUCUGGAAAGGCAAGGGCAACGAGGAGCAGCUCGACAAUCAACGUUCUAGAACGCUUGCCGACACGGCCGUCGAGCAUCACCACAGGUGCAUCAGGCAGCGCAUGGACCCCAACAUCGCGUUCAGCAGGCAGACGGGCGGCAGGCAGCACUACAGCACAGACUUCAAUCGCAUGACCUCGAGAUUGCGAUUCGGCGCGGCAGGCAGGGCGGGGCGCGACUUGGCGCUGAUCAUGAUUGACCUCAAGGCGGCCUUCCACAAGGUAAUCAACGGCCUGAUCUACAAGCUCGCGCAGGGCCAGGACGAGAUCGACGACGUCAUGGACAGCGUAGACAUCCCUGCGGCAUUGCAUCCAGCCACCAGAAAGCUCAUGCGCAACGGAAACAUCAUCGAGCGACGCGUAGACAACGAGCACAUCGCGACGAUGCUGGCAGAAGCCCACAGAGGCACUUGGUUCUACACCAAGUUGGAGGCGAGCUUUGCAAGGCCACGACUGGGAUCAAGACCAGGAGUUCCAACCGCCGAUUUCACUUUCAACGUGCCCAUGUCAGAGGUCACUAAAGACUACCACCACGCAGCUUGCCUCGGCGAGGUCUACGUCGACACCCCGAGCAGCGGACACAUCAUGCAGCAAGACGACGAGCCGAAGGCGAUAACCUCGACGUCAUGCGUCGACGACGUCAAGGCAGCUGCAACGACCGAAGACGGCGAGAAGCUCGACAGUAUCAUCACCGCGAUGUGGUCACAUCUGACAAGAGCCACCCUCUCAAGGGGAUUGCCCAUCAACACGAAGAAGCCCAGCUACAUGGCCUACGCCAACUCCAAGAAGGGCAAAAGACGAUCACGACAAUGCAUCGCCAGCAGCGUCAGCUUCAACAGCCACGGGAUGAAGUUGACCAACACCCGUUACACCAAACUGCUCGGGGCCAUGUUCAACGACAGGAGGGGCGUGGCCCAG